AACGUUAGACCUACGAAAGUUUUAGAUGCAGCUCAAUACUUGGUUCGCACUAGUGAAAUAUUUAAGAACGAAGGAAUACAAGUAAUGGAUAAUUAUGUGUCAAAUGCAGUCAAUAAGGACGAAGAGUGGUCAGAAUUUAUUACCAAGAAUACCAAGGAGACUUCAGAUAAUCUAUCAAAUGAUUUGAAUACUCAAAAUCUAGAAACAGUGGAGACACGAGUAAGUAACGACUCCGUUGACAAUGACACUGAUGAUGAAUGGUGUGAAGUAACUGAACGACCAUCAGGUGUUAUGGAUACAUUAUUACAAGAACCUGACAUUACUCAAGAUGGUGAUAAAAUAAUCAGUUUUGCACCAGGAGAAGGAAAUAGACCACUUGGUAUAUUUAUAGAUAAAGAUGCUGAAUUUUUAUCUUUCCCUACCAUUUACUGUGGCAAACGUCAAGCUGAUAACAGUGAAAGACUUGUGCCUGUUCACUAUAGUACAAUUUGCAAAUGGGAAUUACGAAGUCGAGAUCGAAGAGUUGCUCAACUGUGCCAAAUAUUUUUUAUAAAUUAA